GUAAAAUACUACCGAGCGCGCGAAAGUCGAACCGUUGUUUUUGUUGUCUCGCGAAAGUUCGUCACAAAAUCGUCCAGCGGUCCAGCUUCUUUUCUAAACUUAUUUCAACAACUCAAGAAUGUCCGUUCUGGAUUCUUUGUUCGGGGAUGAACUUGGCAACGAGAACGACGGUGAAAUACUAUCGGACGAUGAUGGCGCCAAAGGAAACAACGAUCCGGAUAAUCCGGAUGCCGCCAACGACGGUGCCGACGAAGGCGAAUCCAAACCGGUCCCCGUGGAGCCGAAAAAGAAAACCGUCCGACAUCCCCGACUGACCCUAAAUCCUACGCUGCUUUGUGGUCCCCGAGGCAUCAUCGAUAUGGAGAACUACUUCAAGGACAUGAAAUUCAAGGGUAAAGGCCACGAACGGGAAGAUCUGGACGCCGUGAUGAAAAGGAUGCAACAUUGGGCCCAUCGGAUGUUCCCCAAGUACGGAUUCGACGACAGUCUGGCCGCCAUCGAGAAUCUCGGCCGGAAGAAGCAAACCCAGUCCUACAUGAACAAAUACCGGAUGGGCCUGCUGGAACCGGAACUCCCACCGGCAGACGACGAUAAGGACGAUGAUGACGAUCGAUUAGCGUACGAGUCGAACCCAUUGAAUCAACCACUUGAUCCACUGGAUAGCAUGCUGGAUGAACAAAUUGCCAUCUCGCGCGCCAAUGCAAGCCUGAACACUUCCGGGGUUGGGAACCUCUCUGUCUCGGAGAGAAAUUUCGAUUCAAUCCGGGACGAUGCGGGCGUCUCGGUACCGACGACACCCGUUAGCACACCCAGCCGGCCGUCGCCAGGGCUUUCGGAGGAAAUGCGGGCCAAAAUUGCGGCCAAUCGGCUGAAAGCUUUGGAACUCCGUAAAGCUCGGAUGGCGGCUACCGCCAACCAGGAAGCAGGCAAAAGUGCAACGGCAGAAGAGGGUACCGAGAAGGUUAGCGACAUGGAAUGUUAGGGUGGCGAGCUAGCGUAAGUAAUAUAAGAUUGAGAUUUUUGGAAUGAACGGCCACAAAAUAUAACGAAAGUUAUCUCAUCA